ACAUCCCCACAUCCUCAACACACCAAUCCAAUGAUGAACUCCACACCAUUUCCUUCUUUCACCCAAUCCCUCUCAAAUUCAUCCAAUAAACCACUGAUUUCAUCUUUUCAUUCUCAUCCCUUGUUAAAAUUCAACAAUACCCAUUUCAAAAUAGCUCAGAUUCCGAUCCGGCCAUCCACCAAAGCCUCCGCCUCCGCCGCGAACGGCUCCUACAUUCCGGCGACGGAUAAGGAGACACUGUAUGACUUACUUGGUAUAUCGGAGACCGGGACGAUCUCCGAGAUCAAAAAGGCGUACAAGCAAAUGGCGUUGAAGUACCAUCCUGACGUGUCGCCGCCGGACAGAACGGAGGAGUACACCGUGAGGUUUAUUCAGGUACGUGAAGCCUACGAGACAUUAUCCGACCCGGAAGCUAGAUCCAUGUAUGAUAUGUCCGUGGCAAACGGAUUGCCAUCGGCUUUCUCGGGUAAAAGAGGAACCCGAUCUGACCCGGGAUCCGAUGCUAAGAGGCGGUGGAAGGAGACGUGGGAAGGGCAGAUAUCGGAGCUGAUGCGACGCAGCAGGGUGAAACCACAGAAAGUGGAUACGGCGGGGGGGAUGUCGUGGGCAGCCCGGAUCCGGAAGCAACGGAGCACAUCAUGUGUUAACGGGUCGGAUCAAGAUCAAUAAUGGCGCCUUUGGCUCUAUAUUAAUUUUUCUUAAAACUUUAUUUAGGAGGUGAAUAUUUUUAUUUUUGUGUGUGUUUAAAAUUGUUAAUAUAUUAUAAAAUGAUUAUUUAAGAU